AGGGGCCUUGAUUGGCGGCAGGAGGAAAGCCAGGGCUGGAAGCUGGAGAGGGCUGGGGCUGGAAGGCUCUCGGCGGCGAGAGGUCCUGCCCAGCUGUUGGCGAGGAGUUUCCUGUUUCCCUCCCAGCGCCCGGGUAAAGUUGAUGAGUGAGUCACUCGCGCGCACCGACCGACGACACCCCCCGCGCGCGCACACGCUCGCCUGGGGGACGGAGCCCCAGCCUCCUGCGCAGCUCUCCUCGGCCGCCGGGGGCCUCCUCCGGGCCUCCAAGCUCCCCGGAUCGCCGGCCACAUCUGGCCCGCACCUCUGCCCGGCGCGCUCGGGGCGGCCCAGGCACCCUGAGAGGACGAAGAGUCAAGGCGCAGCCCGGGGUCCCUGAGGCUCGGUUCGCGGCGCCCCAGGGGCCGGUCUAUGACGAGCGACGGGGGCUACCAUGGGUCGGGGGCUGCUCCGGGGCCUGUGGCCGCUGCACAUCGUCCUGUGGACGCGCAUCGCCAGCACGAUCCCGCCGCACGUUCCCAAGUCGGAUGUGGAAAUGGAAGUUCAGGAAGAUGACCCCGUCUACCUGAGCUGCAAUAGGACCAUCCAUCCCUUGAAGCGCUUUAACAGUGACAUAAUGAGCAGCCACAACAGCGGUGCAGUCAAGCUUCCACAACUGUGUAAGUUUUGUGAUGUGAGAUCGUCUACUUGUGACAACCAGAAGUCCUGCAUGAGCAACUGUAGCAUCACGGCCAUCUGUGAGAAGCCGCACGAAGUCUGCGUGGCUGUGUGGAGGAAGAAUGAUGAGAACAUCACCCUGGAGACCGUUUGCCACGACCCCCAGCUCACCUACCAUGGCUUUCCGGUGGAAGACGCCACCUCUCCCAAGUGCAUCAUGAAGGAAAAGAAGAGGGCCGGCGAAACGUUCUUCAUGUGUGCCUGCAGCAUGGAGGAGUGCAAUGACCACAUCAUCUUUUCAGAAGAAUACACCACCAGCAGUCCUGACCUGUUCCUGGUCAUUAUCCAAGUGACGGGCGUCAGCCUCCUGCCUCCGCUGGGGAUUGCCAUAGCUGUGAUCAUCAUCUUCUACUGCUAUCGUGUCCAUCGGCAGCAGAAGCUGAGCCCGUCCUGGGAAAGCAGCAAGUCCCGGAAGCUCAUGGAGUUCAGCGACAACUGCGCCAUCAUCCUGGAGGAUGACCGUUCGGACAUCAGCUCUACAUGUGCCAACAACAUCAAUCACAACACGGAGCUGCUGCCCAUCGAGCUGGACACACUGGUGGGGAAGGGCCGCUUUGCCGAGGUCUACAAGGCCAAGCUGAAGCAGAACACUUCAGAGCAGUUUGAGACCGUGGCUGUCAAGAUCUUCCCCUACGAGGAGUACACUUCCUGGAAGACGGAGAAGGACAUCUUCUCAGACAUCAACCUGAAACACGAGAAUAUCCUGCAGUUCCUGACUGCUGAGGAGCGCAAGACAGAGCUGGGCAAGCAGUACUGGCUGAUCACGGCUUUCCACGCCAAGGGCAACCUGCAGGAAUACCUCACAAGGCAUGUCAUCAGCUGGGAGGACCUGCGUAAGCUGGGCAGCUCCCUUGCCAGGGGCAUUGCUCAUCUCCACAGUGACCACACUCCGUGUGGGAGACCCAAGAUGCCCAUCGUUCACAGGGACCUCAAGAGCUCUAACAUCCUCGUGAAGAAUGACUUGACCUGCUGCCUGUGUGACUUUGGGCUGUCCUUGCGCCUGGACCCCACUCUGUCUGUGGAUGACUUGGCCAACAGCGGGCAGGUGGGAACGGCAAGAUACAUGGCCCCUGAAGUUCUAGAAUCCAGGAUGAAUUUGGAAAACGUGGAGUCCUUCAAGCAGACAGAUGUCUACUCCAUGGCCCUGGUACUCUGGGAAAUGACGUCCCGUUGCAACGCGGUGGGAGAAGUGAAAGAUUAUGAACCCCCGUUUGGGUCCAAGGUGAGGGAGCACCCGUGUGUGGAGAGCAUGAAGGACAAUGUGCUGAGAGAUCGAGGGCGGCCUGAAAUCCCCAGCUUCUGGCUCAACCACCAGGGCAUCCAGAUUGUGUGUGAAACCCUGACAGAAUGCUGGGACCAUGAUCCUGAGGCCCGCCUCACGGCCCAGUGUGUGGCAGAGCGCUUCAGUGAGCUGGAGCAUCCGGAUAGACUCUCUGGAAGGAGCUGCUCCCAAGAGAAGAUUCCAGAAGAUGGCUCACUGAACACUACCAAAUAGCUUUUUCUGGGCAGGCUAGGCCAAACCUCCAGAAGCCGCACUCUUACCAAAGACCAGAGGCAGCUGGAAGCUGGCCUGACUUACGCUUCUGGGAAACCAGGGACUUGCUCCCGUCUUCCCUGAUAGUUGGUCCAUGUUCAGAAACAGCAGCAGGGGCUGAGUGACGGAGAGCAUUCUAUGCCUUGGACAUUGUCAUGGCAUAAGCUGUAUUAACGCCUCCUCAGGAAAUGAGAUUGAUUUUUACAGCAGCCAAUAACAUUUGCACUUUAUUAAUGCCUGUAUGUAAAUAUGAAUAGCUAUGUUUUAUAUCUAUAUAUCUAUAUAUCUAUAAUUGUCUAUAUCUCUUAUCUAUAGCCAUACUCUGCAAGGAGACAAAGAAAAAGAUCAAAUGUUCCCAGAGAAUUAGCUUUUACUGGAGAGCGCCAGAAUGGAUCAGAAGGGACCCGGGACUGUAUUAGCACUUGACAAUCACACACGAUGGCCCCCUGAAUGUGUGGGGUUGGGGGACAGUUGCAUGAGAAGGAUCCAUGCCUCACAGCCUGCUUUGGCCACAGAACACUCUGUUUUGCAAAAACACCAAAAGGGUGCUUUUGGCCUGGGAGCUUAGUUCCAGCCCACUGCCGUGUCCCAGGGUCUCCCGUGUGCUUUGCUUUUCUUCUUCAUGCUUUAUCAUCGACGUUCAAGCCCCACUUCAACUUGUAAACCUCGGGGUUUAACCUAGAAACUUGGCCCCAUCUUCCUACUUUCAUAGUCUACCAAAGUCAAAGAAGACCGUCUCCCCACCCACGAAAUCGUCCCAUCGUCUGCUAGUAAGGUUGGGUAGUUUGCAUUUUCUCUGUGCCUAUGUUACUAUUCUUCAUUCCCAGCUAUUAUCAGUAGUUGUUGUUGUUGAAUGUGGCACACCCCACACCCGGCAUCCGCAGCUCACCGAGUUUAAUUUUUAUCAUUCUCCUGCUGGAGUGUCCAGCUUGCCACAGCAACACCAAAGGGUUCUGUCUUCCCAGGCUCCCAAACAGCAGACAGGAUUUGAAGGACACACACUGCCCGUACUGUACAACUGUGUCCGGGGACACUUUGAGCCCAUGUUUUACUUGGUCGGCACAGUGGCUGAAAAAGUUGAGCUUCAUUUUAAGUAUUUGAGAUGUGGCAGGAAAAAAAAAAAUCUCCAUUCUAGAUAAGGAGGGAGGGGUUCCUGGACCCCACUCUAGGGGGCAUCAUUCACAGCAAGAAGGUUGACUGAUGUGGCUCCUUCAUUUCUCAGGGUUAGGUGGCCUUCACGUUACCCAUCCCAGACUGGAAAUGAAAGGCUGCCCUGGGUCAAGAUCCAUUGUAAGAACUGAGCGAUCGUAAGCCUGGGGAGAUAGAUGAGCAAGUGAAAACGAGUGCCUCAUAAGCAAGGAAACCCGAAUUCGAUCCCCCAGAACCCAUGAAAAACGCCACGUUCACUGCCUCCAGAGCCAGGUGAGCAGUCUCACCACAAACAACAUCUGUCUAUGACCUCUGACCUCCAGACACACAUGCACCACAUGUACACCCUCACGCACAUGCACACACUGGAAAUGUGCAUUCUCGUCACCUCGCUUUGGUAACAUGUUGGACUGUUCAUUCCUUGUCUGAGGUUAUGAUUUGAAGCCGACCAUGAUUUGGACCCCGGGAUCUCCUGUGCGUGUGUGAUCCCAUUAGGUCAAGUUUCCUUUGUGUGCCUAGUCAGUUCCUUUUUUUUUCUCUGCUCUCCCGAUCCUUAUGGUUCUCGGUCUCUGCGUGGUCCUAACCUCCACAGAAACUAUGAGUGAGGACCUAAAUAGGGGACACACAAGAGUCCCGUGUAGAGUCGGAGAAUCUGUGUCCACUUGGAUGGGAGCAAAGAACAAACUUUAAUAGGAAGCUUGUUAAUCUAUCAACAAAUGUGGGUACAGCAAGUGACAAUCUCUCUUUUUUUAAAAUGUGUUUUGAAGCUACAUGUUUUCAACCAAAUACGAGCAUGGUUUGAAGAACCACCUUUUGUUCUGUCUGGACCAUGGGAGGCACAGGGGGGUUUAGGAUACAUGGUAAAGUUGUGGGUGGGGCAAAAAAUCCAUGCACUCUGCCCCGUGGAAGUGUGCUGUGCAACACCUUGGAAAUCUCCCCAAGUCCACUUGCACCAUAGGGCUUGCUGAUGUCCUCCCAGUAGCUGUUGUUCGCCGCCCUCUAGUGGCGAGUUUGUAGAAUACUGGUCCACUAGUGGGAUUUCCGGGAUUCAAAAGUGAUUUCAGUUCCAGAUCGUCAUCAGAAACUGGAACGCAUUGUCAUGUUAUUGUGGCUUGUUUUGUUUAUGUCAUUUUUUUUCUUAUUCAAGAAAAAGACCAAGGAAUAACAUUGUUGUCAUUCCUAAAAAAAUGUUGACUUUUGUUCACUACUCUGCAUAAAGGGAAGAUUUUAUUCUUUUAUUGAACACUUCAGCCAUACUUCAUGUAUUAAAAUAGGAAUGUGAAUGCACAAUAUUCUUUUUAUAUCAAAAUCUAAAGCACUUAUUUUCAUUCUAUGCCAUUUGUCUUUUAUAUAAAUAAAAAUGUCUAGUAGAUCAAAUAAAUCAAAAGUUUAUGGA